CAUCCUCCAUUUCACUUUAGUAUAGAAAUAACCUCGUCGGUGUACUGACUGAAAUUCGCGAACCGUGGGCCUAACAUACCAGAGUUUUUGAAAAUCGAAAGAAUUUUCUUUUUUGUUCUCCAAAUAUUUUUCCGUUAAUUUCAACAAUUUUUUGUUGAAACGUUUUGUUACGUGUGGGUGAUUGAAAAAGGAAUUGCAAAAUGGCUGGACGUUCCGGAGCAAGAAGUCGCAGAACCCGAAUGUACGAUUGUAACUUCAAUAUGGGCCAACAAUACUACAAAUCGGCACUGGACAAUUUAGAUAGAAAACAAAGUGGAAACGCCCCACUGGAUAGAUUGUUAUCGCCACGACCGAAGAUCAAUGUCGACGAUUUGUUCGAAGAGGACCUACAGAAGGCCAGACAUCGUGCCGAAAGGGCCAUCACCGAGGAUGCAUUUUUCGAUUCACGCGGUGCUCGCAUACCGAAAAGUUCGAUCAAACAAUCCAACUAUGAAGAUGAUAUCGAUGAGGAGGUUCAAGCAUCACUAAACCGAAUCCGCGCAAGCAAAAAAUUAACUACAAUGCCAAAGGAAUUGGACUUUGAAGAGACAAUCAACACGGUAAAACGACGGGCUAAACUUGAUUUGGGGGAAAAGUUGCUAGAUGCAGCUGGUGAUGAUGAGGUUGGAUCAACAAUCAGACGUCGUGCACUGAAGAUGGUCACCACAGCCUCAAACGAUUAUAUCGAUCCGAAAAAUCUAACCAAAUGGACAGCACUCGAUGAUGGCAAUUCAAAUUCAGCGGCUUCCGUUCGAGCUAAAGCAUCCAAGGCUCGUUUGAACGAUUUGGAAUCGGAAAUGUUUGAACGGUCCGAGAAGCAAAUGGCACGCGAAAAGCGAUCGGCGCAGAUGAAGCAAUUUUUGGUUGAAAGUGAAAUUGACACUAGCAACGUUGUGAAUAAGUCUGACAAACUUGUAAAUUAUUAAGAUAAGUUAACUACUUCCUUAUGUAAGGUAUUAGUUUGUAGGACGCACAAAAAACCGAAAAAAGA